AUGGCUUCAUCCAGCGCCAGGAAGAGCCAAUGGCAUCGGCUGCUGUCUCUUUGCGUGUCCUCCUGCAUCGUCCUGCUGUCCCUGCUUUCAGCCCCCGCCCUUGGACAGUUGGACCUCAACAGAUUAGAUGGUGACACCGUGUGUCCAACCAUGAGGAACGGACAAGAUGACCUCCCAGGUUUCGAUCUGAUCACUCAGUUCCAGCUGGACGUGAUCCCGCUGAAGGGUGUGAGGAAAGUGGAGGGCUCAACGAGCCACCAGGUGGCCUACCGCCUCGACAGGGAGGCCAACUUCCAGAUUCCAACGCGGCUGAACUUCCCACGUGGUUUCCCCGAGGAGUAUUCCUUCAUGACCACGUUCCGUAUGAUCAAGAACACGGUGAACAAGGUGUGGAACCUGUGGCAGAUCGUGGACGAGAGCGGUAACAAGCAGGCCGGCCUGCGCCUCAACGGCGACCAGCAGGCCCUGGAGUUCUUCCUCACCACGCUGGACGGAGACCUGCAGACCGUCACCUUCCCCGGCCUCUCCGUGCUCUUCAACACCAAGUGGCACAAGGUGAUGGUGGGUGUGGAGCGCGACCAGGUGACCCUGUACGUGGACUGCCAGCCUGUGGACCAGAAGCCCAUCAAGGAGAAGGGCUACAUCAAUACGGAGGGAGACACCCUGAUCGGCAGGCUGGACGCUGACUCCAGCACGUCUGUGGUGUUUGAGCUUCAAUGGAUGCUGAUUCACUGCGACCCAAAGAGAGCCCAGCGAGAGAGCUGCACAGAGCUCCCACAGACUGAGAUGUAUGCCAAUGCUGAGCCUGAUAAGCCGGUGGUGGGGGCCCCAGGCCCAGCGGGAGCAGAGGGGCCCAGAGGCCCUCAGGGAGAGGCGGGCAGAGACGGCAGAGAUGGACUUCCUGGCACACCUGGUACCCCCGGAGCUACUGGCACCAAAGGAGAGCAGGGAGAAAUUGGCCUCCCAGGACAACGUGGUGUUCCCGGUCUUCCUGGAUCCCCUGGUCCAAUGGGACCAAUGGGUCCCCGUGGCCCAGUGGGCGAAAGAGGACUUCAGGGUUAUCCGGGCCCAGCAGGACCUCCAGGACCUGAGAAGGAAGGACCACCUGGUACUCCAGGAAAACCCGGCACUCCUGGAGAUGAGGGCAACAUUGGACCAGAGGGCCCACCAGGAUCCAGAGGUGCCAUUGGUCUUCCAGGACUGCCAGGACCCCCCGGCCCUCCAGGACCAGCGCUGUGUGAGGCCACCUGCCCCGCCGGCCCUCAGGGGAUGCCAGGCAUGCCAGGGAUGAAGGGACACAAAGGAGUGGCGGGUACCCCUGGAGAUGCUGGCGCAGCUGGAGAGAAGGGAGACACUGGAGCACCAGGAGAGCAAGGACCACCUGGCCGCAUGGGGGAUGAUGGUCAAAGAGGGCCUAUUGGAUUUCCUGGCACCCACGGAGAGAAGGGAGACAGGGGUCCUCCAGGCUACAAUGGCAUCCCGGGACCCACCGGACCUCCAGGAUCUCCUGGUGUUGAGGGUAUCAGAGGUCGUCAGGGUCUGGAAGGGCCGAAAGGAGACGAGGGUGUUGCUGGACCUCCAGGACCUCAGGGACCUCAGGGAGCCAGAGGAGAGACGGGAGAACCUGGCGUUGAUGGACUUGAUGGAGUACCAGGAGUCAACGGAACCAAAGGCGAGGCAGGAACACCUGGACCAGCUGGCAUGAGGGGCAUCGUGGGAAUUCCUGGGUUGCCAGGGAAACAGGGACUUAAGGGACCAGCUGGCGAUAAGGGUGACACCGGAGCAGAUGGAGCUGUGGGACCUAUUGGGCUGCCAGGCAAAACAGGUGAACAAGGAGAGCCAGGCGAGGACGGUGAAGACGGAGCCAAGGGAGCCACUGGAGAGACAGGGAAGCAAGGACCCAUCGGAGCAACAGGACCUGCUGGCAUCCCGGGAGAGAAGGGUGACAGAGGGUUCCCUGGGCCAAUCGGCUUCAAAGGCCACACCGGACACAAAGGAGACCUGGGUCCUAUUGGCCCCGUUGGUCCUAAGGGAAGUGAGGGUGAUCCAGGAUUGACUGGUGACGCAGGAGUCAAGGGAGACCAGGGCCCACCAGGCAUUCAGGGACUCAAGGGAGAGGUUGGAGAGAAGGGACAGCGUGGUGCCAGCGGACUUGACGGACGUCCAGGACAGCCGGGUCACGAGGGACUCACGGGCCCCCAGGGAGCCAGAGGGCUGGAGGGGGAGCAGGGCGUGCAGGGAGUCCCCGGGCCUCGCGGUCUGCCUGGUCCUAAAGUUGAACUCGACAAAAUCAAAGAAAUCUGUUCUGCCUUGUUUGAAGAGCACCUGGAUGCCUAUAAGAAGGAGCUGGCCAAGAAGCCUCUGCCCAUCGGAGCUCCAGGCUCGCCUGGCCUGGCCGGGCCGCCUGGCCCCCCAGGGCCCGCAGGUGAAGCUGGGAAGCCCGGUGCCAUCGGCAUGAUGGGCCCCAAGGGACAUCCAGGAUACUAUGGCUUACCUGGCAAACCAGGCGCCAAAGGCGAUACUGGAGAUAAGGGAGAAAAGGGUGAAGAUGGCGUGGGCACCAAGGGAAGCCCAGGAGAACCAGGACCUCAAGGUGAAGCUGGCAAGCCCGGCGUCGGCAAAGACGGCAAGGACGGUAAGGCAGGCGAGGCUGGAUCCCCCGGCCUUCCCGGCCCGCCCGGCACCCGCGGACCCACGGGCGCCCCCGGACUCUGUGACCCCUCCACCUGCAUGGGCCGCCCCCAGCCCCUCUACCUGGUCGGCGGCAAGAGGCCCUACAACGUCAAGGGCCCAUGAACACUCACUCCACCACAAACAACCUCCACCCACCUCAACCCCAUAACCCGAUACCCACACCACACUCCCAUCUCGGAUAAGCUUUGAAUUACCAUACAUCAUCGUCAUCAUCAUUCUCCUUAUCGUCGUCAUCAUCAUCAUGGUCAGAAGGAUGAAGAUGGUGAAGAGGAUGAAGAGGAUGAGGAGGAUGGUCAUCUGUGAGGACAGAGAAGCUCAGGAUGGCUCCAUGUACCACUAGACACAGUGAACCUUAUCACCAACCAGACAGACUGUAGCUUUUACGCAUACUAUGUGUGUGUGUGUGUGUAAAUGCACUU